CCCUUAUGCAAAUGAGCUCGCGGUGGCGGUCCCAUCGUGCGCUGUUAGGGUUGUAAACUCACAUUCAAGUGGAUGUUACCUUCAUCUGGCGAUGUCGCAGUUCGGAUUAUACACCGGCGUGACAGGAUGAAAGGAUGGAUAGUGUUGUAGAACAGCUGUAAAGGAUUACCUGUGGACAAGUGUCAGUGCCCCAUCAGAAGGGGGAACGGAGGUGGAGGAUAUAUGUGUGUUGUGUUGUGUGAUCCAGGGAGUAUACUCACAGAGGAGCACCAGGGGAAUGGGGUCCACACAGCACAGCCUCUAGACUAGCUCGACUCACAGCCAUGAGUGGCCAGCGCUACCUGAGGGUCCACUGGCCAGUGCUGGUGGGACUCCUUUGCCUGGCUACAUUUGUCAAUGGUGAAUGUUUGCACAUGGAUGCUGUGUAUUUGAACAACUCUGUGUGGCAGCCCGACUCCUGCACAGUGUGUACCUGCCAGGAUCCUGUGGCUGUGUGCGAGGGAAUCAAGUGUAUGGACCCCAAGUGUGAUAGCCGCAGGGGUGAACAGCUUCAGUUUCCAGCAGGUGCUUGUUGUCCUGUGUGUGUGGGACGGAUGGCACCAUGUCAGAUGAAUGGACAGUCAGUUCCGCACAACACUGACUGGUCCCAGUCCCAGUGUGAGACCUGCUACUGCAGUGAUGGGGACGUCACCUGCUCCAACAAGACAUGCCCUCUGACACGAUGUCGCCCUGGAGAAGUCAGCCAAAAACUGCCAGGACAGUGCUGCCCCAAGUGUAUACCUGCUGGACGAUCAUGUGUUGGAUCUACUGGCACUCACUACCCUGAUGGCUCAGAGUGGUCUCCCCUUGCUUGUACCAAAUGUGUGUGUCAGGACGGACAGACAACAUGCUACCCUCGCCUAUGUCCUCCUCUAGUCUGCCCUCAGGGCCAAACCCUUGCCAAAUCAACUGAUGGAUGCUGUCAACAGUGUAAGAAGGAACAAUGUGAAGAUCGAGGGACGUCAUAUAAGGAUGGUGAACAAUGGCGUCAGGACACGUGCACAUACUGUACAUGCGUCGGUGGCAGCGUGGAAUGUCGAACACAGCAGUGCGACAGCGCCAUGAUUUGCCACAGUAAUCAAAGAAAAAUUAAGCGUCCUGGUCAGUGUUGUCAUGAAUGUGUUCCUAAGAAAGGCAAAUGUUUGACGGAGUCAGAGCAUUACCAUGGAGAUAUUUGGAACAUCAGUGACUGUGAAUACUGUUCCUGUAAUGAUGGGAAAGUGCAAUGCCGGACUGCAGCAUGUGAACGUGUACAGUGUAAGGAGAAUGAAGUAUUACAGCAGUCCCAUGGGAAGUGCUGCCCAGACUGUGUCGUCCCUCGACAGUGCCAGUUUGAGGGAGAAGUGUACAUGGAUGGUGACAGCUGGCACCCAGGGCCCUGCACUGUGUGUAACUGUAAGGAGGGGGAGACAGUGUGCUACCAGCAGAACUGCCCAGUGUGCCCUCCCGCAGUUACAUGUCCAUCCCUCCUGGACAGUGCUGUGGAACUUGUGAACAAGUGGAAUGUGCGUCCGACUGUAGUCAUUGUUUGCCUGAUGAUCCACAACACUGCACAAGGUGCAAGGAGUUUGGUAAACUGGCACAAGAUGGCCGCUGUGUUGAACAGUGCAAGAAUGGAUUCUAUCCAACAAGGGAGAACACCUGUCAAGCAAAAGGAAAAUAAGCUAUCUUCAGGGAAAUGUGUUUUCAAAGUGAACAGAAAGUGCCACUCCAGCUGUGAGUCGUGUAUUGCUCGGACGGAGUUCCACUGUGCCACUUGUCCCCCUGGGCUGCUGUGGAGGGACGGUCAGUGUGUGGACCAGUGUGGAUCUGGGUACUACCUCCAUAAUGGACAGUGCCUUGGGUGCCACCAAACCUGUGAGACAUGUGUGGGAUCAGGCCGAAGCCAGUGUGUGUCUUGUUCCUACCAGGGACACGUUCUGUUACGAGGCCGAUGUGUCGACAACUGCGGUUCGAGAUACUACCUCAAGGAUAGGGAGUGUAUAGCAUGCCCACCAUACUGUAGGACUUGCCUGCCGGACAGCCCCAACUGUGCCACAUGUCACCGUGGCUAUAUGCUACAGAAAGGCCAGUGUUUUGAUUCCUGCUCCCGAGGAUACUACCAACAUCAGGGCACCUGCACAGAAUGUCACCCUGGAUGUUUGACCUGUGAUGGAGGUGGAGAGAACCAGUGCUUGUCCUGUCCCCAGGGCUACCAGCUGCAGGGCGGGGCCUGUAUGUCCUCUUGUCCCACAAGGCAAUAUAUGGAAACCGAUGGCAGCUGUCAUGCAUGUGACUCCGGAUGUGCCUCGUGUCAUCCUGCCCAAGAUAGGACAGGCUCAGUGUGCACCAGUUGUGAAGAUAGUAGACUCACACCUACAGGAAGUGGAUGUGUCCCACAGUGCCCUGCUGCAACAUACCUCAUGCACGAUCUGUGUAAAAGUUGUGGUGAGCACUGUGAGAGAUGUGAGGGACCGUCUACCUGCUCAGUCUGUAGGGCCCCCUAUGUCCUAUAUGAGGGCCAAUGUGUGACUCAUUGUGGUCAAAACAGCUUCACCAACUACAAGAAUGUCUGCAAAUCUUGCAAGCGCCAUUGCCUGCAGUGUUCCAGUGAAGACCAGUGCGUGAUGUGUGACAGCCGUACCUACCUACGCCUAGGCUCCUGUGUUGGACAGUGUGGACGGGGCUACAUCACAGACAUGGAGCUCAGGAGAUGCAUAGCUAAUAAGUACCCUCCCAUUCUGGACAUUGUGAGCCCUGUUAAGACAUCUGACUCUGGCAUUACAACCAUCCCAUCCGACCUUGUGUUCUUGGAGGACCGCGACACUUCUGAUGAACAUCUGAGUAUCCUGGUAAUGAGGCCACCAUCGGGAGGUGUGCUAGUGAAGGCCACCCAAGGCCGGGAUCAGCUGCUGGGGAUGGAGGACCCCUUCAGUCUGGAGGACCUUCGCAGCGGGAAGAUCAGAUAUGUCAGCGGACAGGACGGGAGGACCACAGACAAAGCUGUACUGAAAGCCACUGAUGGCACGCUGUUCAGCGACCAGGUGAACCUUCAACUUCAGUCAGUCCCCACCUCUUCCUUGAGUGAAAAACUUAACAAGGCCAUGCAGGUGGUAGGAGGAGGCAAGACUGUGCUCAACAGAGAGGUCCUGGACUACGAGACGUCUGCUGAUAUGAACACAAUUAUUAUCAGAGUGGUGCAAGGUCCUUUACAAGGUCGUUUAGUUGACCGCCGAACGGAGACUUCUGUCCGCCAGUUCUCCCUGCGAGACCUCCGCACAGGUGCGAUAGCCUAUGAGCACUCCAGUGACAGUACAGCAGUAUCUGACAUGAUGGUUUUACAGGUGUCUGAUGACUUCAGCGUGCUCAACACCAUCGUCAACAUCAAUGUCAGGGCAGAGAAUAGUCGCCUGCCUGUAAUGAUCAACAACCGGGGAGCCCAGGUGGUGUCCAGGGAGAUGGUCCAGCUGACCAAGGAGAUGCUGCAGGCUCAGGCCAUGGACCUCGACAACGCCCGGACAGGCGACCUCAUCUACACACUCAUGCCGUCAGUCAACAACCCCAAACAUGGAGAACUUGUCAUGGUGGUGCCUAUCCCGGCAAGUGGUGCAGGUCGUGGGUGGCAGGAUGUGGGGGAUGGAUUGAUGGCUGCCAAAAUGUACCGGUUCAUGCAGAGGGAUAUUGAUGAAUCUCGCAUCUGGUACCGGCAUCUGAAGGAUGGCACAACGUCUGACGUCUUCACAUUUGAGGUGGCGGAUACAGCAGCUCCACCCAACAUCCUGAAGGAGCAGAGUUUCCAUGUGACAGUCAUCGCCCAGGCUGUGGUUGACGAACUGUCUGGCCCCACUCUGGCUCCUGGGAUCCAGCUAGGGAUGACUGUGUUGGAGAACCAGAUUGUGCCUGUGAGGUCUGACAGCCUCCUGUAUGAGGACGCGGACACAAGUCCCAUCGACGUGAUCUACGCCAUCACCACACUGCUCGGGGAGGGGAAGGGGAUGCUGGAACACAUUGAUACCCCUUUUAAACCUGUCCUACGCUUCUCCCAGGAUGACAUCAACAACAACAGGAUCAUCUACAGACCUCCCGACACUGAUGUGGGCCUCACAGUCAAGAAGGUCACAUUCAGCUUUGUUGUCACUGAUGGCGGUAGAGAAAGACGUCUUCCUGAACAGAAGUUUACAAUCACAAUCAAGCCAGUGAACAACGCUGCCCCUCGCUUCCGUGUGCCCAACGCGGAGGUUACCGUGGCCCAGGGUGGGCAGAUCCCUGUUGGCUCCACCCUGGAGAUAUCUGAUGCCGACACCAAGGUGGAGAACCUCGUGGUCACCAUCACACAGGCCCCGACUCAUGGCAGGCUGGAGAGGGACACCAGUGGGGGCAAGGUGACACUCAGGGCAGGUGAUGGUUUUACCUACGGGAACCUGCAGGGCAGCCUCAUCCAGUAUGUGCACGAUGGCACCGAGUACCCCCUCACAGACAAGUUCCUGGUCACCGUCUCAGACAUCAAACACAAGGCCACCUCCACGAUCAACAUCGUGGUCCUCAAGGUGGACAAGGCUGCCCCGUACAUGCUCACAUCCGCAUCUUGUCAUGUGAAUGUGUCUGAAGGUGGCACUGUGACUAUCACACGAGACGAUCUGGCGUUUGGAGACAAUGAUGAGUAUGAUGAAGGGAUCUACAUUAUCCUCAGUAGUGAGACAGCCCAGGGGAGACUACUCCUUAAUAACAUUCCACUCAUGGUUGGUGGCGGAUUUUCCCAAGACGACAUCAACAAUGGACGUUUAACGUAUAAGAGUGUUGAGGAGAUAGGGAGUAGGUCCCUCACAGAACUGGUGUAUUUCAACAUAACAGACUCCAGUCGGAACCUGCUUCCAAGUCAAGUCCUCUCCGUCCUCAUCACUCCCACUGACAAUCAGUCACCACUGGUCUCUGUUGGGCCAGAUCUCAAGGUGCAGGAAGGUGGGCGUGUCCAGCUCACUGUGGAUUCCAUCAAGGUGUUGGAUGUAGACAGCAUUCUCACCUCCCUCAUGGUCACCGUCGAGACCCCACCAAGCUUUGGGGAUAUUCUCAACACAAAACCAGCAGUUGAGGGUUCUGAGAGUCACCCUGGCCGUGUGGUGAAUUCCUUCACUGUCCAGGAUCUGGUGGAUGGUCACAUCUACUACAGCCAAGAGGACCACAAGAACAAGGAGCCUGUGUGGGACAACUUCCUCUUCUAUGUCAGUGACGGCAUCAACGUUUCACCACAACAGAGGUUCAACAUCUCCAUCACUCUUGUGAAUGAUGAGCAGCCGUACAUCAUCACUGAACAACUGUUUGUCCAGGAGGGCAAGGCUGUUACCCUCACCAAUGCUUCCAUGUACGUCAUCGACAUCGACACAGCCCCUGAGGAUCUCUUCUUCACCCUGCAAAUACCCCCAUCCCAUGGGGCAUUGAGAGUGAAGGAACUACCAAACGAGCAGCCUUUCAAUGCCAUAGCUUUGCCAGAUGGAGCCAUCUUCUCAUAUGAGGAUAUCCUGAAUGAGCUGAUUGUGUACACCCACGACGACACAGAGGCCAUGACGGACAUGUUCACCCUCCAUCUCUCUGAUGGCGACUUCAAUGACACCAAGUCUCUGAACGUCAUCAUCGGGCUGAUCAAUGAUGAGACGCCAAGGAUGACCAUCAACAGAGGCCUGAGGAUACAGUCAGGCUCUACGACUCCUAUUAAGCCCCAUAUCCUGAAGGCAACUGAUGUCGACAGUGACGACGCUGCCAUCAUCUACACCCUACGGCGGGACCCCAGUGCAGGUCACCUGCUGUACAAGAAGGGUGGGACUCAGUAUCGCUUGUCUGCAAGGGGCAGGGCCAAGUCAUUCACACAGGCAGACAUUGAUAAUGGCUAUAUCCUGUACAGACACGAGCCUGGGGAGUCUACAGGGAACAUCAUCUUCAAGUUCAAGUUGUCAGACCCAGAAGGCAAUGAGCUCAUCGAUCAAGAUUUCUACAUCACUGUGUUAGAGGACCGGCUGCCCCCCGUGGAGCAGGUGAACAAGGAGCUGACUGUACGGGAGGGACCGCAGAAGAAGAUCUCCACAGCCUUCCUCUCCUACACUGAUGCGGACUCUGAGCCGGGGAGCCUCAAGUACACCAUUCGAGGGCCCAAUCUGGGGCACUUGGAGCUGACCGGAGAACGAGAUGUUCCAGUGACGGAGUUCACCCAGGCUGAUCUGGCUGCCCGCAGCGUGGUGUACGUCCACACCAGCCCCUUGGAGGUCUACAUGGACAAGUUUGCCUUCUCAGUUACAGACGGGGCUAACACUAUGGUGAAGACGUUCUACAUCACCAUCUCCCCGGUGGAUGAUGCAUUACCAAUGGUCACCAACAGGGGGCUGUCUGCUCAGGAGGGCAUCAGAAAACUCAUCACAGAAUUUGAUCUCAAGGCUACGGAUGAUGACACCAAGGAGAGCGAGGUGAUCUUCAAGAUUGUACAACCACCUGUACAUGGCACUGUUGACAUGGCAAGAGAGGAGGAGAUGUUUGAGUCUACAGACAAGUUUAGCAUGGAGGAUAUAUAUGAAAACAGGAUCAGCUACAAGCAUGAUGGCAGUGAGACUCUGGAAGACAAUUUCUCUUUUGUUGUUAGUGAUGGCACUAACGACAAGUUUGUUAUGUUGGGAGACCAAGCAGAAGUAACUGAGCCUGUCACUACUCCACAGGACUUUGAGAUCAACGUCCUGGCCCUUGAUGAUGGCAGCCCCAUAAUGGAGACCAACGUGGGUCUACAGUUCCUAGAAUUCUCUGGGUCCGAGGUGUCCAAUCUGAUCACCAGCAGAGAGUUGAAGUCCACAGAUGAGGACUCCCUAGCAGAGAAUAUCGUUUAUGUCAUCAAGAAGUCCCCACAACAUGGCCGCCUAGAAUAUGCUGCCAACCCAGGGGGUGCUCUCGGAUCUUUCACACAAGAUGACCUUGACAGUGGCAGAGUCAGGUAUGUCUUGACUGACCGGACAACUGGGUAUCAGGACAGCUUCACCUUUGACCUCAUGGAUGCCAAGCCCAAUAUAGUCCCUGGCAAUGUGUUCCACAUCAUGUGGUCAGUGAUCAGCUUCCAGCAUCCCUUGAUGAACGUGUCCGAGACUGAGGGUCUCAUUCAGGUUCCAGUCACACGGGCUGGCAAUCUCAAGCAGUACUCUAUUGUCACCUGCAAGACCAUACCUGGCUCUUCCACAUCUGUGAUGACGGGGGCUAAACCAGGACAGAAGGACUUCAUUGAACACUCAGGACAGGUUCAGUUUGAUGAGUGGCAGGACUCCAAAACAUGCACCAUCAUUAUCAACGAUGACUCCAUCUAUGAAGGCCCUGAGACCUUUUACAUAGAGCUGGUCAGCCCCUCCUAUGCCCUGCUUGGACACAAUGCCAAGAUGGCCGUCACAUUGGUUGAUUCAGAGGAUGAACCAACCAUCCAGUUUGAGAAGGGCCUUUACCAUGUGAAUGAAUCUGAUGUUUAUGUGAUGGCCAAGUUGACAAGAUCAGGUGACCUGAGUACGACUGUGUCUGUGAUCUGCUUCACCACGGCCCUCACAGCCACUGGCAGCUCCCUCACAGGCCUGGAGUCAGGGUCCGACUACAUCUCCCGUGGACGCAGCAACUCUUACAGAGUCGUCUUCCCUUCUGGUGUGUCAGAGGCCACUUGUGAUGUCAAGAUCAUUGAUGUAUAUUCCAUUUCCCUAUCAUUGUUUGAGCUCGGCUUGAUGUUUGAUCCUUCCAUCCCAGCCUCCCUGGGCUCCCUCACCAAGGCCAACGUCCUCAUAGAGGGACCCAAUGACCAGUCUACUGUGUUCCUGUCGGAACCGUCCUACAGUUUUGCUGAGAACGCUGGUAAUGUUGAGGUGGAGGUUGUUCGGGGUGGGACAGACCUGAGUCACUCUACCACAGUAUGGUGUGCAACACGACUCUCCAGCCCUGCUUCAGCUACACCUGGACAGGACUAUGUCCCCACCUCCAGUCAGAUGACAUUCGGACCGGGGCAGAUUGCACAGAAGUGCCAGCUGACCCUGCUGGACGAUGACUUUGACCCUCGCCUUGAGGGUAACGAGACGUUCGUAGUGUUCCUCAGCUCCGCCCUGGGCAGCAGCCUGGCAGAGCCCUACAUCUCUACUGUGGUUAUCAGCGACACAAAGCUAGACAUUCCAAAGAUGACAUUUGUCCAAGACCGCUACUAUGUGGAUGAGAAGAACAAGACAGUGAACGUGACCAUAAUGAGAACUGGGGACGUGACGGAAACAUCCUCCGUGAUAUGCUACACGCGACAGAAGACAGCCCAGGUCAUGAUGGACUACGAUGAGAGAGUUUUCACCAAUGCUUCCAGGAUAACCUUCCAGCCAGGAGACAGGCUGAAGAACUGCACUGUGGGUAUAGUGAAUGAUGAUGAGUUUGAGCCUGAAGAGGACUUCCUGUUGCGACUGAGUAAUGCCUGGGGGAGCGAGGAGAGCGAGGUUGAGCUGGGGGACAUGAAGGAGACAAUCAUCACCAUCACCUCUGCCUGGGUCCGAUCCCCGGUGAACGCACCUAGGUUAGGGUCUCGAGGUGUCAGUGAGCUGGACUUUGUUGUGGAUGUGCUGUACAACAGUGACAUAGAGUGGCAUGAGUCCUUCACCCUGAUGCUCGGCCCAGAGGACCCCGAGGGUGCUGUGUUUGGGUCCGUCAAGACAACCACCAUCACAAUCCUGGACAACGAAGUCUCUGGGAGCAUCAUUCUUCCAGCCCCACCUGUGGUUGUGUCUCUGCUGAAUUAUGAUGAUGCUGAACUGGGAACUAAGAUCGACCCAUCUCCCGGGUAUCCACUUGUCUGCAUAACACCAUGUGAUGAACACUACCCAACGUUCACCAAGACCCAUAUGCUCUGUGAGGAGGCUGGCAUCAACCAGUCCAGCCUCCUGUACAUGUGGGAGGUGGCCCUACCAGAGGAGGAGGACGGAUCAAAGCCACCAUUCAUGCAGGUCUCAGACACCACCUUGUUCACAGACGUCAACAAGAUCGUCCUGGAUAGCGUGUACUUCCGCUCUCGCUUCCAGGUCCGAUGUGUUGCCCAACCGAGACAUGAGAACGGGAACCCAGGUGUUCCGCUCAAGAGCAGACCUGUCACAAUAGGAAGUGAUAAUGGCAUCUGUAAAUCUCCAGCGUUUGGCAGCAAUCCUUACAGUUACCAAGCUCAGUCAUUUUUAGCAAACCUAGAGUAUGUUGGUCCUGAUGACUUUGACCACCCAAACACAAUCCACAUCUCGGUGAAGAUUCCCCAUCAAGAUGGCAUGCUGCCUCUAAUCUCCACCUUCCCCUUACACAAUUUACGGUUCCUUCUGGCAGAGCCAAUCUAUCGCCAGCAACAUGUGUGCUCCAACAUCAUCACAGCAGAGGAACGAGAGCCUCUCAUUGAUGAAGGCUUCUUUGAUGGAAAGCUUGGUGACUUCUCUACCCUAGGGCCCGGACAUGAGUUCCCCUACCAGUUUGAUGAUGACCUGCGAGAAGAGAAGACCCUAUCUCUGUACAAACACCUCAACCUGAAGAGCUGCAUCUGGACCUUUGAUGCCUGGUACCAUAUGACCGAGUUGGUUGACAUCUGUGGUGGAAGGAUUGUGUCCGACUUCCAGGUGAAGGAUACAGGGCAAUCCCAUCUGACUGUGCGUGUUCCUCUAUACGUGUCUUACCUGUACGCCACGGCCCCUGUAGGCUGGGGCUCCCUGGAGCAUCGCACAGAGAUGGAGUUUUCCUUCUACUAUGACACCAUCUUGUGGAAGUCUGGUCUGGAGACAGAGGGAACUCUGGGAGGCAAGCUGCAGAUUCUUAGGAUACUCAUCGGCAGUGAUGGCAAACUUGUCAUUGACUUCAGGACAACAGCCAAGUUCAGAGGUCAGUAUGUACUGAGCCACAGCACCCUGCCAGGGCUGGAGAGCAGGAUCAAACCACCUUCCAGCCUGGCCAUCGGCUUUCACCUGAAGCUGCUGUGGAGUCAACAGACAUUUGACAGUCCCCAUCAGCUCUGGAGGGCAACCAGUAGCUUUAACCUAAAGGACUACACAGGACGUUACACCAUAGAGCUGAUCCCCUGCAGUGUAAAGGCCACACAGAGAUACGUCAAGAUUGAUCCCAUACCUUGUAUUGCCUCACAGCCACAGAGGUUCGAGGUGCCCAUCUCCUUCCAGCAGACCAACAGACCUGUCCCAGUGGUGUACUCCCUCAACACAGACUUCCAGCUCACCAACAACCUCAAGAUGUUCCUCCUCAGCCCCAACUCCACAGAGGCCUCGGACGAUGACUGGGACUUCAACGGGGCAUUCUCUCCAGGCCAGAAGAUUUAUGCCAGGGUGUUGUGGAGUCCAGAGCAGGAUUUGAAAACAGCAUACAAACUGGGAAUAGAAAAGGUGUAUCUGUGUACAGGUAGUGACGGGUACAUCCCCACAUACGACCCCACUGGGGAGGAGUACAACGAGGGGCCACAGUUCGGCUGUAUGCAGCCUAGUCCCAAUCUCAGGCAGAGGUUCCUCAUUCUGGAUCGUGGGAAUCCAGAUGCAGUCCAGACAAACUUCCACGAUGUAGCGUUCGAGGCCCAGCUGGCCUUUGAGAACCCGGACUACAUAGGUCUCACGAACAUGCCCGGGGUCGACGGUUUCGCUAUGAGUGUAGAUCCUCUCUACAAGGUGGACUCGGGACACCAGUGGUACCUCCAGGUGAUCUAUGUCAUUGGACCCUCCGACAAACUCCGGCAACGCUUCCGUCGGUCAUCACUGCUUCGCUUCAGACGAGAUGCCCCAAGAGCAUCCAGCAGUUUUGACGAGCCUAAGAAUGGCACUAACAUGCGCCUCAUUCACCUUGACACUGAACAUGUUCACUCUGAACCCGACUCUUCAUUCCCCUUGGUCCCCAAUGUUGCAGUGCCCACAGCCAUUGGGGGACUCAUCUUCAUUAUUGUGAUCAUAGUUAUUAUAAUUGUUGUGAUACGACGGCGUCGGCGUAAGAAAGAGCCGCCAGUUAAACCCAACAAUCUAGUGACUCUGGUAGACACUCCCGACAGUGGUAUGACCACCAACAGGUGGAAAGGCUCACGUAGGAGCCUCAGACUGACUGACUCCAGGAAGAAUCUUAAUACCCCAGAGGAAAAAUCAAAUUUAGUUAAAGCUAAAGAAGUGAACUUAAAGGUUAUACAUGGAAAUAAUGUGGAUUCUGGGACAGAAGUUUGAUGCAUAAUUAGCAGUAACACAGCAUUUAUAUAUGUUCAGCACCAGGUAUGUUCAAAUGGAGGCAAAAUCCAUGGUAUGGUAACCUGCGCAUUUAAUGUGACAGGCUGCCAGUAAAGAUGACAGACCAUGCAGGUGUUCAUGGAGGCUGUGAAAUUGGACUGAUAGCUGAUGCAGAUGUUUGAUCACUGGAUGUGCUCUUUGCUGAGAUGCAUGGUGUAUAUAAUAUGAAAGCUACAACAGAAACCAUGGUGGAGCCAGAACUCAGCGUUUCCAUGGAGAUACAGUAGAUCUCUACUGGCCCAACUUUCCACUCAAUGUGGAGAACUUGAAACAUGCUUUCAAAAUGUUCAUACCAAAUGUUGUACAUCUUCACUUAAGAAGAUGUAUAAAGCCAUAUUCCCAUAUUUUAUACGUAACUUAUUGUCCCUACUGUGACUUAAUCAUCCUGCAAUAAUACUUCUGUGUCUAUGCUCCCAUUGUCUUAAUCAGGACAGAGUGCUACAAAGUAACCUGAUUGUUACAUUAUUGUGCAAGUGUUGCAAUGUAUUGUUUUAUGUUGUUCAAGUGUAUCUGUACAAUUAUGUUUUCAGAUUACGUGUUUUCAUAAGCGUUAUACAAGUUUUGUUCUGUCUACAACUGACAUACACGGCCCAUCUUUCUGUCCAUGUUUUCAUAUAGCCUGUACACUUGAAGCUAGGACAUAAUUCUAAUAUGCAAUUGUUAUGUUAAACAGGCAGCAUCUUUUCCCAUGUUGAGGUAAACUUUGUAAGGUAUUAGAGAAAGUAGUCAGAAGCUGAUGAUUAUCAAGAUAUACAAGAAAAGGUAAUACUUUCAUAGUGGUAAUGUAAUAUUUCCACUUUGCUGUUGUUAUGUUGCAUUUAAGGACAUGUUAUAUACACUGGUAUUGUUAACUAUUUACAGCACUGCCUUUCCUGUGUAUAUUCAGUAGUAAUUUGGCAACCCUGAUGUAUAAACUUAAUAUGUGUACAGUUAGGUAUUAUUUAUAUGAGGAAGAUUGUAUAUUGUGUACACGAUUGUUUGGCAUGAGAUACAUACCUGUAUAUUUUGGGGAAAUGCAUGUUGUGACCAUUGUUUAAGCUUCUAUGCAAACAAGGACUAUUGUACAGACACCUGGUGCUGUUACCUGUGGAAUGUGUGCUUCAUGAUACAGGAUCCCAGUUCUGAGUAUUGUGUUACGUAGUAGGAUUUAUGUGAUGUGGGAAUUCUGUAACUGGGAUUUGUUUUAAAAAACAAAUGCCAUUCAACUGGACACAGGAUGUUUUUAUAUUUGUACUGCUAAUACAUGUUACAUCAGAUUUCGAAAUAAUACAUAAUUUUGAUGCCAGUCUUAAUUUAAACACAGGACUUGGGCUGAUAGUAUAUAUAGUACAGAGGUGUUACAAACAUUCUAACUAUUAUUUACAUUAUUUUUUUCUGUACAAUAAUGGUGGUAUAUGAAUAUGGACACAUUUUGUAUGAUUGACUUAUCUUUACUCAUUAACAAAAAUUGGAAUUUUAUGUUUGGCUUAUCAUUGAACAUGGGUACAAGAAGAUUGUGGUAUUCAUCCUCUAUAUCUAGGAUCGUACAAACUCACAUUUGUUUUCAGAAUGUUAGAUCACAAAGUUCAAUAAAUAUGCCAAAGUAAGGAAUACAUCAAUUCUUUAGUCUUCUGACCAGUUUCAUUUUCAUUCAUGGGUUUCUGUAAAUGUUGGAUAUCGAGACACUCAUACAUUUCUCCAUCCUGGUUGAUGAUCACUCAUAGAUUGAGACCUAUCUACCUCCAAGUAUACACGACCUAACAGUAUUCAUGUCAUUGUCAUAUCACUGAUACUGUAUCAGUCUCCAUAAACUCUACUGUAUAUAUCGGGGAAGAUUUAAGAGAAAACUAUUUCCAUAUCAGGUAGACAGUCUCGAAUCCAACCAGUUUGUCAACUAGACUUGAAAUUAAGCAUGUAAAUAUUUUCUCUAAAAUAAUUGUGAAAUUUAGUAAUUUAAUUCUUGGUGAAUGUGUUGUUGCAUGCGCAUGAUCUCCAUGAGUUACUUCCCCUUAACUGGGGAGCCUGUUUCUUUUCCGGGGUUUUACACCAUGCAGAAACUUGCAUGAUUGUUUAGAAUGAACACAAAGACAUAUGUUGCAUCCCAGGGGACAAAACAAUAGUGUUGAUUUUACCAAAUUCUUGAAAUGAUAUUGAAGCUUUCUGUAAUUAAAGGAACAGUGAAAUCUUACAUGUCAGUACCCAACACCAUAUCAUUAGUUUAUAGGAUCCUCUUAUUAGACAUGUAACAGUGGGUCCUCUGGACCCUAGUGAAGUAGGUCAUGGUAAACCCUGCUGUAUAACUUCAAAUGUCCAGUUACUCCCUGGUUAUUUGCUACACUCAACAGAUGCCAUUCACAGUUUUAGGAGGGUGCCCACCCACCUCAUCAACAAGCAAUAUAAUUUCUGUCAUGGCAUUAAACCAAGCCAAAUGCUAAAUAGUUUUAUUAAUUUGUCACUCUUUGCAUGAAAUAAUGACUACAAAUAAAUACCGAUACUGAAACAAUGUAUGUAUCAGUUAAACAUUACUUGUAGCCGAAUUACUGCUCAACAGGGUACAGCAUCUGGCCUACCAAAAGGGGCUGGCACCCUCUCACAUGGUCUGCCUGUGUCCUAGGUGUCAGAACUUGGUGUGAUCCAGCCAGUUAAUACUCAUCUGUAGCCCUGUGCUUACAGCAUCUCUGAUCUGAUGUGUGCUCUACAUGUAUGUAUGUACAGUAACAAUGAGCAUAAUAAAGCCAUUCAACUAA